UGUAAUCUCCGACACGUGUUUUUUCAUAAGGCGAGUCAAGUAGGAGUUCUUUCUUUUCGACUGAUGAUGUCCCAAUCUUGCUUGGGUAGUGCCAAUGUAUGGGUUGUAUCACAUCUUCAAACACGAAAAGUUGAAAGUCACACAUUCUGAGAUUGUUUUUUGGCAUAUUUUAUGUGAGUGUACAUAUAAACUCCCUUAAGAAGAAGAUAUCAACUACCCAAGUAAAUGGAUCUCCAAGCACCUUGCACUUUGAGAAACAAAUCAAGACAUCGGCCUCUGACCACAUUUAGGUUGGUCAGAGGUAUUUUGUGUCUGGUCGUGUUAGUUUUGACAGCAUUUACUCUGAUAGUGUUCUGUGGCUUCUGGUCUUCCAUGUGCUUGAGGUUUGUCAGCGUUCACUAUAGCAGAACCACAACUGCCUUCUUUUUUGGGUGUUGGAUAGCUCUAUGGCCAUUUUUAUUCGAAAAGAUAAACAAGACCAAAAUGGUUUUCUCGGGAGAUUGUGUUCCCGACAGGGAACGAGUGUUGCUUAUUGCAAACCAUAGAACAGAGGUUGAUUGGAUGUACCUGUGGGACCUGGCUUUACGGAAGGGAUGUGUGGGUUCAAUAAGGUAUAUAAUGAAGAGCAGUUUGAUGAGAUUGCCUAUUUUUGGUUGGGUUUUUCAUAUCAUGGAGUUCAUACCAGUGGAGAGGAGAUGGGAUGCUGAUGAAUCAAAGCUGAGGCAGAUGCUCUCAUCCUACUCAGACCCGAGAGAUCCUCUUUGGCUUGCUGUUUUUCCGGAAGGCACUGAUUUCACAGAACACAAGCUCUUACGUAGUCAAAAAUAUGCUUCUGAAAAUGGAUUACCAAUCUUGAAGAAUGUGCUGCUUCCAAAGACAAAAGGUUUUUGUGCAUGCUUAGAGGAGUUAAGAGGUUCUUUGGAUGCCGUGUAUGAUCUCACAAUUGGGUACAAGAAUAACUGCCCAUCCUUCAUGGACAAUGCCUACGGUGUGGACCCAGCCGAAGUUCACAUCCACAUAAGAAGGGUUGAUCUCACUACCAUCCCAAAUUCCGAAAACGAGGCCAUUUCAUGGUUAAUGGACACAUUCUGCCACAAAGAUAAGUUGCUUUUGGAUUUCUAUUCAGAAGGUCAUUUCCCACUAGAAGGGAUAGAAGGUGAACUGCCUACUUGGAAGUGUCUUAGCAACUUGGCCCUUGUUAUGUUGUUCACCAGUGUGUGUACAUUUCUUACCUAUGUAUCUGCUUGGUUCAAAAUAUAUGUUACCACUGUCUGUGUCUUACUAACAACAGCAACCUAUUUCAACAUUCGUCCAUCGCCAAUUGUAUGUUUAUGAUGAAAAGCUUUAAUUUACGCACAUCCGAUAAGGAGAAACAUCAACUAUUGCUACCCCUCCUAUGGGCAACUUAUUAUCUAAAGAAUGCAUCUCUAGUGGUCAUCCUUUCAUUGUACAACUGCAGAGAAGCACAAGCGUUUAAAUUUGAAAUUAUGAGCAUGUUGGAUGAGGGUAAAACAUGUUCGAAGAAAUUUGAGUUUGUUGCCAUUGUGGUUGAUGAGAUGGAAUGUGCUGUUUAUUCAGAGUAGUAAUGGAUACACCGUCUUACUCUUACA